AUAAGAUUAAAUGGAUCAGCCGGUGUGCUCUGUGCCUGGUGGAAAGAAGCUUAUUUCAGUUAAGAGGACCAGAGAAUCUGUGCCUCAGUCCAGAAAGAAAAUGAGUUCCACAGAAGACCUUGACUAUCCUCAAGUCAUCUUGCAAUACAGCAGUGGAUUUUUACUCUCAAAGGUUAUGUUCACUGCCUGCGAGUUGGGGGUGUUUGAUCUUCUGCUGGAGUCAGGAGAGCCUCUGUCUUCAGAUGCCAUUGCUGCGCGCUUGGGUACCAGCACCACAGGGAUGGAAAGACUGCUGGAUGCUUGUGUGGGACUGAAGCUCUUGGCAGUAGAGCUGACACAAGAAGGAGCCCUCUACAGAAACACAGAAAUUUCCAACAUCUACCUUACAAAAUCAAGUCCCAAGUCGCAGUAUCAUAUUAUGAUGUAUUAUUCCAAUACAGUCUACUUGUGCUGGCACUACCUGGCUGAUGCUGUGAGAGAAGGAAGAAACCAAUAUGAAAGAGCUUUUGGCGUUUUAUCUAAAGACCCUUUUGGAGCAAUGUACAGAUCAGAAGACGAAAUGCUGAAAUUCAUGGCUGGCCAGAACUCAGUAUGGAGUAUAUGUGGCAGAGAUGUUCUUGCUGCAUUUGACCUUUCCCCCUUCAGGCAGAUCUGUGACCUGGGAGGAGGUGGAGGAGCUUUGGCCCGCGAGUGUGUUUCUUUGUACCCAAAUUCCACGGUCACAAUUUAUGACCUGCCAAAGGUCGUGCAACUGGCCAAAGAGCAAUUUGUUCCCCCUGAGGAGCAUCGGAUCGCUUUCCGUGAAGGAGACUUCUUUAAUGAUUCAAUUCCAGAAGCUGAACUGUAUAUUUUAUCCAAGAUACUGCACGACUGGGAUGAUGACAAAUGCAGGCAGCUGCUGGCAAAAGUCUACAAGGCUUGCAGACCUGGUGGUGGAGUGCUGCUGGUUGAAUCGCUUUUGAAUGAAGAUAAAAGUGGGCCUUUAGAAACCCAACUGUAUUCGAUGAAUAUGUUGGUCCAGACAGAAGGAAAAGAGCGAACAGCAGCAGAGUACAGCAAGCUCCUCGAGGCAGCUGGCUUCAGGGAGGUUCAAGUCAAGAGGACUGGAAAACUCUAUGAUGCUGUUUUAGGAAGUAAGUAGUAGUACCUCUUUUAUGUACCUAACAAGAUAGAAUAAGUGGCGAAAUAUGAUACUCUCUCCUAAGAGGGGAAUCAUCAACUUUAGCUUUUAGUUAAGGCAGCCAACAUUUUUGUAAGCUGAUAUAUUGUCAGGAGAAUCACUAAUGAUAGAUCUUGAGCGUGCAUGGAUUGUGAGUCUGGCAGCCUGACUAGGGCUUGCCUUUGGAUCUGGAACGGAAAGAAAGAAAUCAACACGUUCCACAAGAAAUGACCCAUGAAAGAAAUGUGUAGUGUGUCUGCUUCAGAUUUUUUCAUUCUUUCCAAUUUUAACGCUGUAUCUGACAAAAGCAAAGCUGAAUUUGUACUUGAAUUCCUGCAAAAUAAAACUGAUCACUGU